CGGCGGGCCGCUCGGGAUGUUCCCGGGCACUUCCUGACUGGUUGGCAGCGCGCACACGGCCCGAGUCGCACGUCCCCGGCCCCCUUGUCGCUCGCUCGCUCGCGCGGGCCCGCUCUACGUCGGCCGCGCCGCGGUGGAGGCGCGCGAGGGGUACGCGGCCGGGGAUGAGCUGAUUGCGGGUAAAUACGCCGCCGCCUGGCCCCGAGAGGCCGCGAGGAGCCGCUUUUCUCCGAGUCGCCGCCCUGCCCUUGGAUUUGAGAUCAUGUCCAUUCACAUCGUGGCGCUGGGGAACGAGGGGGACGCGUUUCACCAGGACAAUCGGCCGUCGGGGCUCAUCCGCACUUACCUGGGGAGAAGCCCGUUGGUCUCGGGGGACGAAAGCAGCUUGUUGCUGAAUGCGACCAGUACGGUCGCACGGCCGGUGUUCACCGAGUAUCAGGCCAGCGCGUUUGGCAAUGUCAAGCUGGUGGUCCACGACUGUCCCGUCUGGGACAUUUUUGACAGUGAUUGGUAUACCUCUAGAAACCUAAUCGGGAGUGCCGACAUCAUUGUCAUCAAAUACAACGUAAAUGACAAGUUCUCAUUCCACGAAGUAAAGGAUAAUUAUAUUCCGGUGAUAAAAAGGGCAUUAAAUUCAGUUCCAGUAAUCAUUGCUGCUGUUGGUACCAGACAAAAUGAAGAAUUACCUUGUACAUGCCCGCUAUGUACCUCAGACAGAGGGAGCUGUGUCAGUACAACUGAAGGGAUCCAACUCGCGAAAGAACUGGGAGCUACCUAUCUUGAACUACACAGCCUUGAUGACUUCUACAUAGGAAAAUAUUUUGGAGGAGUGUUGGAGUAUUUUAUGAUUCAAGCCUUAAAUCAGAAGACAAGUGAAAAAAUGAAGAAAAGGAAAAUGAGCAACUCAUUUCAUGGAAUUAGACCACCUCAGCUUGAACAACCAGAAAAAAUGCCUGUCUUAAAGGCUGAAGCAUCGCAUUAUAACUCUGAUUUGAAUAAUUUGUUGUUCUGCUGCCAGUGUGUGGAUGUGGUAUUUUACAACCCAGAUUUGAAGGAAGUUGCCGAGGCCCACAAGAUUGUCCUGUGUGCUGUAAGCCACGUUUUCAUGCUACUUUUCAAUGUGAAGAGUCCCGCUGACAUUCAGGAUUCCAGUAUCAUCCGAACUACCCAAGACCUCUUCACUAUCAGCAGAGACACUGCAUUUCCCGGUGCUCGCCAGGAUUCUCCAGGCAACCCGCCCUUACGCGUUGUCGUCAAAGAUGCCCUCUUCUGCUCUUGUUUGCCGGACAUUCUGCGCUUCAUUUAUUCAGGUGCUUUUCAGUGGGAAGAAUUGGAAGAAGACAUCAGGAAGAAAGUGAAAGAUUCUGGGGAUGUUUCAAGUGUAAUUGAGAAAGUUAAAUGUAUUUUGAAAACACCAGGAAAGAUUAAUUGUCUAAGGAAUUGCAAAACUUAUCAAGCCAGAAAACCUCUGUGGUUUUAUAACACUUCCCUCAAGUUUUUCCUUAAUAAACCAAUGCUUGCUGACGUUGUCUUCGAAAUACAAGGUACAACGGUGCCAGCCCACAGGGCCAUCCUGGUGGCCCGUUGUGAAGUGAUGGCAGCCAUGUUUAAUGGGAAUUACAUGGAAGCAAAGAGUGUUCUGAUUCCAGUUUAUGGUGUUUCCAAAGAGACUUUCUUGUCAUUCUUAGAAUACCUAUACACAGACUCCUGUUGCCCAGCUGGCAUUUUCCAGGCUAUGUGUCUUCUGAUCUGUGCUGAGAUGUAUCAGGUGUCCAGACUGCAGCACAUCUGUGAGCUGUUCAUCAUCACGCAGCUGCAGAGCAUGCCGAGCAGGGAGUUGGCAUCUAUGAACCUGGAUAUAGUUGACCUGCUCAAAAAAGCCAAGUUUCACCACUCCGAUUGCCUUUCAACCUGGCUACUUCAUUUCAUUGCCACUAACUACCUCAUCUUCAGCCAAAAGCCUGAAUUUCAGGAUCUUUCAGUGGAAGAACGCAGUUUUGUUGAAAAGCACAGAUGGCCAUCGAAUAUGUACUUGAAGCAGCUUGCGGAAUACAGGAAGUAUAUUCACUCCCGGAAGUGUCGUUGCUUAGUAAUGUAACCCAGAGCUUUUAUAUGCAUACGCUUUUUAUUAUUAUUAUGAAGAAGAAUGGGAUACCUCUGUGUUCCAGUAAAAUUCUGUGACUGAAACCAAUAUGGGCGUUUAAAAAACUACCAUACAGCUUAGUGUGUUUGUUAGUUCUCUGAAAAAAAACUACUAUUGUGAUUUUAAAAGGGAACAAAAUAUACCAUAGGCUAAAACCAAGGCUUCACCAUCCUAGUAUG